AUGCUCUGCCCCUCCAAGAGCAGAAAUGUUUUCUGUGAUUCUCUUUUCCCUAUGAUUAUAGGGAAGUUCACUGUGCUGAAGAGCCUCUCCUUGAACAACAACAAACUGACUGUUCUUCCUGAGGAGUUAUGCCAUCUGAAAAAAUUAGAGAUGCUAAGCCUGAACAACAACCACUUGAGAGAGCUACCAUCUACCUUUGGGCAACUGGCAGCCCUCAAGACCCUGAGCCUCUCUGGGAACCAGCUUCAAGCACUACCACCACAACUCUGUAGCCUCCGGCACUUGGAUGUGGUGGAUCUCUCCAAGAAUCAGAUUCGGAGCAUACCUGACAUAGUGGGGGAGCUGCAGGUCAUCGAACUCAAUCUCAACCAGAACCAGAUAUCACAGAUCUCAGUAAAGAUCUCUUGCUGUCCUCGCCUUAAAGUUCUUCGCCUGGAAGAGAACUGUCUUGAGCUCAGCAUGCUUCCACAGAGCAUUCUCAGUGAUUCCCAGAUCUGUCUGCUUGCUGUGGAAGGCAACCUUUUUGAAAUAAAGAAACUUCGAGAACUGGAAGGAUAUGAUAAGUACAUGGAGAGGUUCACGGCCACUAAGAAGAAAUUUGCAUGAUGUUCUCCAGGAGCUCGAGAAACUUACAGGACACUGACAUGGAAUCUCUUACAAUCUGGCUGAAUCAGAGGCUCCUGUCGUCAAGGAUUAUCUGCAGUAUGGAGAUGAUGCUCCCGCAGAUAAUAUUUCAGUGAUCUUUUUCCUUUCCAGGGCUCGUCUUAAGCAAGCUAAAAAAUCAAGGGACAGUGAGAGUCCUCCAUUUUGAGUCAUGGAUAGGAUAAAGGACAGUGUUGAUCAUCAAAACCAUCAUUAGUCUGGCUUUAAGAAAAUUAGUAGCUCAUUACUAUUUACACAAUGAAGGAUGCUGCUUGGUAACAGAACCACUCCAUAUCACAGCUUGAAAUUUCAUGUUUAGUUUCAGUGUAUGAGCGCU